CAUUGCCGCCAUAUUGCAUUUGGACUGUGACGACUGGCGAUAGUUCAUGUACUUUCGCACAAUUUAUAUUAUCAUCAAUGACUGAAAUAAUUACGUGCUUAUGGUUACCAGUGUCUUUAAGAAAACUGUUUUUUAAUUUGUGUUGCAUCUCAAAAUCUUAAGACUGUUGAGUUCUCAGAGUGCUUUCUCAAAUAACAAAAUCGUUUUGGGUCUCGCUAUUGGAAUAUCUACCAAGCAGUAAACUAGUGGUGGAAAAAAGGAUCAUUGAGCGCGCUGCUCUGCGGAUUUAUAGUUAUCGAGACCUCAAGUGUGUGUCACAUGGAAUGUAGUUUUGUAUCAAUAUGAAUGGAGAAGUAAAUGGCACUAUGGAAGAUCCUCUCAAUGCUCCUAGUUCACCUAAUGAUCAGCCACAAGACAAUAUACAAUUCCCAGAGAAUGAUGCCAAUGAAGCUAUUUGCACUGAAAACAGCCCCAAUGCAGACAGUGACAUAAACACAACAACACCAUCGUCUAAUGUUGGGUGUGAAGCCAACUUAGAGUCUGUUGAGAAGAAUAAUGACAAAUCUGUACAUACUGAGGAUUGGUCCAAUGAUGGCCAUACUCAAAAUGAAACUGAACAAGAAAAUGGUGAUGUAGAGAACUCUUGUGGUAGUAAUGAUGAUUCACGCUCCAAUUGCAUGGAUGUUUUACAUACUAGUACUGAAAAAACUAAUGAGCACAAAAUUGAUGAAUCAUAUGACAAAAUCAUUGAGAAUAUGGAAGAUGAAAUUGAUUCUGAAGAUGACUCAUCAGAAGAAGAUGCUUCUGAUGGAGAACACAAAGCUCAUGAUUCUGUUGGUAUCAUAACGGAUCAUGAGAUAGAUGGAUGUGAUGAGUCUUCUCAUGGAAGUCAAAAAACAAAGAAUGAUAUAAUAAUGUUAGAAAAUGAUAGAAUGGAUAAUCAUAAUGGGAAUUCCCAUGAUUCAACAAGCCCUGAAAUUCAAGAAAUUGAAAGUGAUAAUGAGGAAUCCACUAUAAAACAAGUUGAAAAACCAGACACAAAAGGUGAUGAAAAAGUCCAACUGCGCAGAAGUAGCAGAGCUAUAAAGAGAAAACGAUACAUUGAUGACAUGGAAAAUGGUACCGAGUCAGAUGUAGAAGAAAUAGUUUAUGUAGAUGCAUUGAGGCAUAAAUCUAAACCUAUUAUCAUUAACAACACAAGAUCUCUUGUGGAGAUGGCGGCUAAGCAAAUGAAAUCUAAUCAUAGUAACAACCAGAAAAAAGAACCCACUGUAGUGAUUAUAGAUACAAACUCUGAAAAAAGACCAGUAAACAAAGUUGCAGGUGUAACCAUGAGCACAAGUGCACACAAUUUAUAUCAGAGUAUUAUUGCUCGAGGAACAACUGUGACACCAAUAAACAGUAAAAAUAAUACAGUUAACAAUGUUACUCCACAGCCUCCAUCUAUUUUACCUUCUUUAACAGAUGAUAUGUUUGUUGUGGAAGCACCUUCAUUCAUUGUUCCUUAUGUUUAUGAAAAACCUUCAUUGAAACCUUUUAGGGAAUUUGUAGAUACACUAGGCAAAGAACUAGACGAGAUAAAAGCCAAAGAAGAUAUAGAUACUCCUACAAAAGAAGAUAAACAAAAAGAAGAGAAUGAUAAAGAUGAUAACACAAAACAAGAUAAAAAAGAAAAGGCUGAAGGAGAACCAUUUGAGGAAGAUAAAGGAGAAUCAGAAAAAUUGAAGAAAAAGGCUGAAAAAAAAGAACGAAAUCAGCGUAAAGAUGAAGAUGAUGAUGUUUCCUGGGAUGGAGAAUCAUCUACAGACUCUGAUGAUGAUAUCCUUAGUGAUGAAGAAGAUAAAAUAACAGUCAUCAAGGAUAAAGCAGAUCCAAUUGAUAACAUAAAAGAAGUUACUGAAUUGACUUCGGAACAAAUCUGUCAAUCUAAAUCUGAUAAUUACUUUGACUGUUCUCUUGGUAAAUUUUUCAUUGAUAUUGGCUAUAAUCUAGUCCAGGAAUAUGUACAACAUGAUUUAUUAAAACAGCAAAAUAGAAAGAUGCAUCGAGAGAAAAAGUCAGGUCAUAGCACUAAAGCUACCGAGACUUCUAUUGCAUCCUUAAUGAAAAAUAUAGAAUUAAGUAAAGAAAAUAAUUUGCCAUAUUCAUUUACUCAGAAGAAAUGCGAAUAUUGUAGCUUCAAGUCUGAAUCUGCAUUAGUCAUGUCUCAUCAUUUAGAAACCCCACAUAUGAAAAAUAAUGUAUAUAAAUGUAAUUUCUGUUCCUUUGAAAUCCGAAGUCCACAUGAUAUCUUAUUCCACAUGGAAGCAGAACACAAUAUUAGAGGGAAAUUAGAAAGAGCCCCUGCAUAUCAUCAAUGUGCUAACUGUCCAUUUGAGGAUAAUGGUAAGGGCAAACUCGCCCGUCACUUGAUUCCAUGUGCAAAGAGGUUUAAGCCAGAUUUGAAUUUAGCCCCACCAAUUGAGUGGGAACCUCCAGCUAAAAUACCAAAGAUAACAAAAUCGCGCAAUAGUGUUAUGAACCCGUAUCAAAGUUCAUUCAAUCGUGGUAAUUUGGGCCCCAACUUGAGCAGGCCAAUGACAGUGGCCAAUAUGUUGCCUGGUGUGAGUUCGGCCUACAGGCCACGUGGCCGCUCGCCUAUGGCGAUCCCGCCGCGAGCUGCGCCGGUCCACGGAACGCCCAUUGUACGUGGAGGCAUUAUGGCCAGGCAUAACUCGCCUGUGAUUCCUUCAUCGAAUUAUCCCACGAAACAGAAGGUCGUGCACCAGCCGUCUAUAUCUAUCACGCCUUUGCCGCGACAACCGCAGCCCGUUCAGCCGCCGCCCGUGCAGCAGUCGAAGAGCACGUUCGUGAUUUGCGAAAUAUGCGACGGCUACAUAAAGGACCUCGAACAACUCAGGAACCACAUGCAGUGGAUACACAAAGUCAAGAUACACCCGAAGAUGAUAUACAACAGGCCUCCUCUUAACUGCCAAAAAUGUCAAUUUAGGUUCUUUACCGAUCAAGGGCUAGAGAGACAUUUGUUGGGCUCACACGGCCUUGUCACCAGUUCCAUGCAGGAGGCUGCAAAUAAGGGAAAAGAUGCCGGCAGAUGUCCAGUUUGUGGCAGAGUGUACCAAUGGAAACUGCUGAACCAUGUGGCCAGAGACCACAGUCUCACAUUGAAGCCGGCACAUUUAUCUUACAAAUGCACUGUAUGCACAGCCACAUUUGGCAUGUACAAGCAGUUCGAGAACCACGUGUACUCCACGCACAGUGUCGUCGCUAAACGAGUUAUGGACAAGAGCAAAACUUGCUCAUCGUCUGCGAAAACUACUGCGAACAGUGAUUCGCUUCUCAAACCUUUAAAGAUUAACGAUGAGAUUACUAUCAUACCACAGCCCGCAAAGGCGACAGCGACUGCAUCGAAAGAUAAAUAAGAUAAUCGUCGUGUACCUAUUCGGACUGCAAGCUUGCCGUUUUAUGACGUCACUCCCUGGGGAAGUACUCGUCAUUAUGCCUAUUGAGGAGACUUUCAACAAUUCAAUUUUAGUAUACAUUCCACACAAAGAUUGCUAUAAAAAUUACAUUUAGCAUAAGGAUUUGUAAUAAUUAUAGUCAAAGAGGUGAAUAGGACCCAAGAGUUGUAAUUGAUCGCCUUAGAUUUAAAUUAUAAUUGCACCAUGUUACCCACUGUAUUGUACUGUGUGUAUACUAAAAUAUAUUCUAGCCACAAUUGUAAUUGAUAAGAUAAUGAAGUAUAAAAUUACUGUUAUGUCAUUUGAAGUUUGUACUUUCAUCGCUUGAGUCCUUAAUGCCUUGUUUUGUGGUACCUUAUAGAAUAAAAUAUUGUCUACAGGGUACUAUUGCACAAAUAUGUCACUUCUCGCGUAGUGGCGUGUUGGUAAUAGUUUCACAGGGACACAUCACUGCCCAGGCAAGCAACGCCCGUGAUAUUUCGAGCAAAGUCUUAAAAUACAUAAUAUAUAGUCAUGUCAAUAUCUUGGAGUAAAUAUGAGAUAUAUAUGAUAUAUGUUACAAAUGGUGUUUUAUCAAGAGUUUUAUGCUGAUAUUUAAUAUAGAUAUAAUCACAAAAAAAUGUUAUAUAGAACUGGAAUGUAUACUAAUUAUUGAAUCUGAUUAACUCACGUAAAUGCUAUAUACCUCAAUGACUACUAGUUUUGAGAUAAUAUAUUGUAAUUGUUUGUAAGAUUAUUAAUAUUAUUUCCAAUUCCAAGGUGAUUAAAUUGUACGGCGUUAUGGUAUUAUGGUGAAGGGGCAGGCAGAGAGGUGUAGAGCGCAGAAUUAAUUUAAACAAGUAUCGUAUUGUCGUUCUUACGACAUUACAUUAUUAUGUACCUUAUGAUUUUCAAUAAGGGUUGAAAGUUGCGAGUGAUAAGGGAGUGUAGCGAAAUUAUAUUUGCGUAUUCACUUUUUGAACUCAAAGAUUAAAAUUGUGGUUCCCCGGUGUUUGAAAUGCCCACGAAAUUUAUUACAUUUUUCAGUUAGACUUUAUUGAGUUUUCUCUCUUCUGUUUGUCGCUAUCACUACUUCUGUAUAUGAAGUUUAACGAUGCGACUCGCCUCCUCCGUGCGCGCAAUGUGCUUAAGUAGUACUAUAACGUUUUCGCUUCACGUAUUAUGAAUUUAAUUGUGCUUCACUUGGUAUCUAAUUGCCUAGCCCUUUACUACUACCAUAAUAACAUCGUAGUUGAUUAUAGAUUUAUCAAUUUAAUUUACCUUUAAUUGUAUUAUAGCAAUAUACAUUAGUACCCUGCUUCGUGCAGUGGCGUGAACUAAUAAUGAAUAAUCUUAUAUAUUUGAUGAGGUCUUUAGUGAUUGGCUCUUGGCAAAGCCGUAGGCCAUUUGUAGACUGUUAUAUUCUUUAUGGGCAGCUUACUUUGCGCGUAGAUACGCGUAGAUGCCCGUGGAUUCCAUCUUCAGGUUUGCGGAUGCUUAAUAUUAUGGUGGUGUUUAAGUUAUAAAUGUAAACAAUAUUUUUUCAUUUCGACACGCUCCACGAUCAAUCAACUGUAAAUUUAAUGUGACUGUUAUACAGACAGAUUAAUAUAAUGGUGUCUUUAGUUUGUAUCAUGGAAUUCCUUAAUUGUCACCAUAAUACUUAAAAGCUCACUAUCAAACUGGAUCAUAGCAUAUAAUGUAAAAGUAUUUAAAUACAUGAAUAUUAUUAUUAAAAUAUAUUGUAACAUAAAAUAAUUUUAAAUUAUUCAUUCAAAAAGCUACAGUCGAUAUAUAAAAGAAAUCUCAGAGAAUGUUAAAAUUUAAUAAUUCUGUGAAAAGUGAGAAAAUAUUAUCCUUCUGAGGAAACAUAGCUGUACGUAACUGAAUAUCAGGUGUGAAUUUUAAAUAAGUGCUAAAAAUGUAAUCGGGUUUUGAUCGAGAAAAGUUUAUUAAAUUGUAGGUGAUUUAAUACUUGUACUGGUACAAAUUUUGUACGAGCCUUACGAAAUAGGGUAUUUGACUUGUUUUUAUUUAUUAUGUUUAUCAAAUAUUUAUCUUACAUGGAUUCUAAAACGGAAAGUUUGUUUAAAAUCUGGUACAAAAUCAAGUUAUAAGCUUUUGAAUUUCGGUAGAUAGAAAAGUCUUGAGAAACGAAAAGAGACGCGCAGUACGCGCACGUGACGUCAUCGAGGAUUACGAUGUGUGAAACGAAUGAAAGGGAGCAAUAUCCCCACAACGUGCCCACUCCUGCUCAUUGCCAUAGUUCAAAAAUAAAUUACUAAGCUAAGUACUUUAUCAAUUUCAAAGCAAUUUUUAUGAAAGAUUUCUUUUUCAUACUAUUUGCUGUUACACAUAGGAUUAUUUACGAAAUGAAACAAAACCAAAAACCCUAUUAUUCAGUUUGUGCUAACGUAAUAUCAUCAAUUUAUCAUUACAAGUGAUGAUCUCUUCACUCAUACUUCAAAUUGUCACGCAUAAUAUUAUAUUUCAUUACAUGGUCCUAAUUUUAUUGAUUAAUAUUAAAUAUCGAAACAGUUUUAAUACAAAUAAUUGCAAAGAAUUUGUUUUAAUGUAAGAAUGUAAAUUUUUUGUCAGUCUGUUGUAAUACGAAGGAAAAUAUUAUUAUAAAUAUCAGAUUUAGAGUUUUGAUUUUAUAACAAUUUUAUGUAAUUCAUCUUAUUGUAAAUACAUAUAUAAGUUAAAAAAAUAAAUGAAAAAAGUAAAUACCUUUGACUACAUGUAAUGUAGAGCUGAUAAAUAUAAAUUUAUUUAUAAUUGGCGAUCUCGCGCGUAAUAAAUGUGAAAUUAGAUUACUUUCAAGUCCCAAAGGUCCUGCGCGAUUGUGAGUACAGGGAAAAUGAACCGCGAUUGCCUAGUCGCUCAUUGUAUAAAAAUACGUCGGUGGUUGUGAAACGCGACGUCAUUUUUAAAACAUAAUUAUUUGUCAAUGGUGUAAAAGGAUUUAAGGGAUGAAUUUAAUCGAGAUUAUUACACUGACAAAUCUGCUCAAGAUAUCAUGUAAUUUACACAUAUGCCUUAUCCAUACUGGAACUGAAAAAUUAGGUUAGGAAUCAAAAAGUUUGUCUUACAUAUUAAAUCUCGAUUUUUCGCCCCCUUUAGUCCUAUUGAUCUUGUUUUGUGUUGUGGCUACACUGUCUUAUAAAGGUUUUUAAAACAUUUUAUUCGAAAGGAGUAAUAUGUGUAGCCAAUGUCACAUUAUCGAUUCGCGAUAAUGUGACAUUGGCAUUAGCUAUGGGGCAUUUUUUAUUUGAUCGCGUAUUGCUAUGCCAUCAACGGUAUAAUAUAGUUUGACAUUAGUCCUACUGUUGCCCCAUCAUUAUAGUAGUUUAGUGUGCUGUGGCUUUCUUUUAACAACUUUUGUUCGUGUCCAGUCGUAAACAGACAUUUACAUUAGCAAUAACCGCAUAUGAAUUAGUCGCUUUCAUAUUGUCUCGUAUUUAAUGAGGGUUUUAUUCAAAUGGUACUUAAUGGCCAAAUCCGGAACUCCGAGCAAUAGCAUAAUAAACUUGAAUUGAUCUCGGAAAUAAAUUAUUGAAUCGUUGAGAUUUUGUAAAAUAUUAUGUUUUCCUAGCGCAUAAUUAAACCCGUAGACUGAUUAAUAAAAUGCUGUUAUUUUUUCCUAUCCUGGUGGUAUAAACAGAUUAAAUCUGGAAAAUUAUGUCAAAUUAAAAUGUGCAUGAAAUGAGCAUUACACGUUUAAUUUCCUUUGGGGCAUAAAAAGAUUUGCUAAUGGGCUCUCAUAGCGUUAUUAAUUAAAUUAAAAGAUCCCGGUUAGCAAAGCACCAUAAUAUUUUGUAUAAAAUAUACAAUAUACAUACUCUAUAAUAUUUAAUUUCAAUGUGAUUUCUAAACAAUGUAAACAAACUACCGUUUUACUCGAAAAUUCACAAGCCGCUUGAAUAGUAAGUACAUUAACGACUGCUUUAAUACAUUUGUACUGUAUUUACCAUUAUUCUAAACCGCACAUCUUUCGUGAAAUUAACAAAGCAGUGUUUACAUUUUGUGUUAGUUUCAUUAAAAUAGAUAAUAUUUAUUACAUUGUAUUAAGACAUUGUAAAACUAGUAUUUCUAAAUAUUCUCGAUUAAGAUAUGAGUGGAGAAUUUAUGAUAUUGAAUGAUAACUUUGUAAUCACAUCAAGCAAUAUACAUGUACAAAUGCGCCCAUGUACAAACUGAGAUAAAAACAUACUUUUUGGUUUACCCCUUAUUUGUUUAUCCAAUAUGUUCGCUCGCUUAUAGAUUCACUGCUAUAACUUUUAAAGAGCCCAAAGAUACAUCGAACGGUUGCGUCGCUCGAAAAUUCGACCACCAGCCGAAAUGGUGUUUUUCCUCUUGUUUAUAACUUCGUACGAAACAAAUCAACUACGGUAAAAUAAUCUGCUCGGAUUACGCAUUCAAUUUUGUUUUUAAAUACUCAUUUUAAUUUAGUAAUUAUUCAUUGUUUCUUGUCAGCAUUUUAAUUGGUCAUAAAUUAGUUCCAUGAGCAAAAGUUUUCGCCUUAUCUACAUCGAUUGUGUUGUGAGAAAUGUUUUUGUUAAUACUAUGAAGCGGGCACAGACCGUUAUAUUUUUAUUAUCGAGUCCAAACAAAUACUACGUGAUUGUGUUUAGGAUGACACAUUCCUAAUAUCUUAAUUUUACUUUCACUGUAGUAAUAUUGGAGGUGCGUGGUAAAUAUUUAUUUUUUAGUUAAGGUUGUUUUAUUUAGAUUAGUAAAAGUAAAGUAUAAGUAAUAUUAAUUUAAAGAAUUUAUUUAGUGCUGUGUUAUUAUCUGCGUUUUUGCUAGUGAGAGUGAUUGAGUACAGCAGGACCUGAUUUUUAAGUAGGUCUAUAUCUAAAUUCAACACGAUUCAAAAGUUUUGUAUAAUUUUUGUUAUCUUGUAUAUACCUAGGUAUCAUUUAAAUAUUUGUAAUAAAGAUACCUUACUAUUAUU